CCAUUCCCUCCCCCGGGCGCCAGCGCGCCCCGGCCGGGCGGCGGCUCAGCCUGGGCCGGAAAACUUUGCUGGCGGCCGCGGCGGGGGUGGUGAUGGUUCUGGUGCUGGUGGUGCUCAUCCCGGUGCUGGUGAGCUCCGCCGGUACCGACGGCCGGUACGAGAUGCUGGGCACCUGCCGGAUGGUCUGCGAGCCCUACGGCCCCGCCGCCCCCCCGCAACCGGCCGAACGCGGCCCCCUCCCGCCGCCUUCCACCUUGGUGCAGGGUCCCCAAGGCAAACCGGGGAGACCGGGGAAACCGGGACCGCCGGGACCGCCCGGAGAACCGGGACCGCCGGGGCCGGUGGGGGCGCGGGGUGAAGCAGGAAGACCGGGACCCCCGGGAUUACCGGGACCGGGGGCUACGGGCGCGGUGAGCGCGGCCACCUACAGCACGGUGCCGCGGGUCGCCUUCUACGCCGGCCUCAAGAACCCCCACGAGGGCUACGAGGUCCUCAAGUUCGACGACGUGGUCACCAACCUGGGCAACAGCUACGACGCCGCCUCGGGCAAGUUCACCUGCGCCAUCCCCGGCACCUACUUCUUCACCUACCACGUCCUCAUGCGCGGCGGCGACGGCACCAGCAUGUGGGCCGACCUCUGCAAGAACGGGCAGGUCCGGGCCAGCGCCAUCGCGCAGGACGCCGACCAGAACUACGACUACGCCAGCAACAGCGUCAUCCUGCACCUGGACGCGGGGGACGAGGUCUUCAUCAAGCUGGACGGGGGCAAAGCCCACGGUGGCAACAACAACAAGUACAGCACCUUCUCCGGCUUCAUCAUCUACUCGGACUGAGCCCGGAGCCGCCACGCCGCCCCCGGAGCCCCCCGCAUCCGCCCAGCCCCGCGGCGCCGCCCUGGCCUCCCCGCAGUGCCCCCCCAGCCCCACGGCGUCCCUGGGCCGUGGUUCGGUUCCCUGCUGCCCCCCAGCUCGCCCCGCUCCUGCCCAGCCCCGCGGCAUCCCCUGCCCAGCCCCCGAAUCCCCCCUCCCCGCGCUCCCGGCUGCCCCGACCCCCUUUUCCCGUCAGCUCACACGAAGGCUGCCGAUACAGGGCUGGGGGCUGCAGAGGCUUGGGGGUGGCAAGAGGCUGGGGGUGUCCCCCGCGCUGCCCCACGGCACCCCCAUCCCCGGCCGUGCCCCCCUGUCCCGCCGCUGCUCUCUGCCCGCCCUGGGGCGCUGCCGGGGCUCUCGGGGUCCGGCUGUACAGACGCGGUGUCCCCGGGCCGGGGGGGCUGUGCUGGGGCGGGGGGAGCCGCCCUCCUGCCCCCCCGCCGGGGUGACAACAUGGUAAAGCAGAGCUGUGAUCUC